AUGUUUUGGUUUACUAAAGCACAGGCGAAAGGGUUUCCAAAACGUUUAAGAAUGGCACUAGAAAGCAUGGAAUUACAUCAGAAUAAUGAUACAAUCAACGAUGUGAAAUUAUAUGUAUCCAAAAUCACUGACACUUUAAAUGUCGAUUCUUAUAACAGGGAAAAUUUACCACAUAUCAUAAAUAAAAAGCUUUAUAGAGAUAAGACAGUCGCAAACAUAUUGAAAUUCAUGCCAUACUUCGACCAAACGAUGAAUAAUAGUGUAUCUACGCUUUUGCAAUCUAGCAUUCGCGAAGAUCCAACAGAUUCUUUACCGAAAUACUUGAUUAACCAUAAAGAAGCUCUUGACACUUUAUUAUCUUAUUUAUCCAUUCCAAAAUUGUCGUCGAUUGCUAAUAUAUUAAUACGAGAAUGCAUAAGAAAUGAAAGCUUUGUAAGUUACCUGUUUGAAUAUCAAUACGUUUCAUCCUUUAUAAUUUAUUUGCUUGGCGACAACUUCGAAAUGGUCACGAACGCUUUCAAGACAUACGAAGAAAUGCUUAACUCACAGAUAUCAGUUAGUUCAGCCUAUAUUCUGUCGCAUUAUGAUAUUUUUUCGCUUCAUUUUAAGCAACUUUUGCGUUCCAAUGUUUAUAUCGUUUCCCUACUUUCCAUUCCCCUUAUUCUGAACUUUAUAACGAGAGAAGAGUGCAGACCAAUUCUUAUGUAUUUUGUUAAUGAUCCAUAUAAUCUUGAAUGUAUCUGCAGACAUUUAGAAAGUCGUUCAAAGAAAGUCCGAUCAAAUGCAUAUUCUAUAUUUAAAUUAUUUGUAAUUAAUCCUCAUCGUACGCAGCUAAUUCGAACAGAACUCCACGAGAACAAGACAAAACUCAUACGAUUGAUACAGAAAGUUCAACUACCUGAUGAUGAAGAACUUUUAAACGAGCGGAGAUCUGUAAUAUCUAACUUAUAA